AUGUCGUUCGAAUCGGUUAAAAAUCUCGAUAGCUUCUUUUACACACCAAUUUCAUGCUCCCAGAAAAGCUUCAAGACUUGCCAGCUUCCCAACGAGAUCCUGGCGUUACUGGUUUCGGACCCUGGCGAUAAAACCGCCUCUUGUGCACUUUCCGUGACGACAGGGUCAUACAACGAUCCCGAUUCGGUCUUAGGACUGGCGCAUCUGUGCGAGCAUGCAAUUCUGGCCGGUGGCUCGCAUAAAUUUCCGGAUGCGGGCCUAUACCACACGAUUCUCGCUGAAAAUGGUGGCACCUACAAUGCAUACACUACUGGAGAGCAAACGACGUUCUACUUUGAAUUACCCCUGGCGUCAGCGUCUGGAAACUCUACAUUUGAGCAUCUUUUGGAUAUUUUCAGCUCAGCUUUCAAGGGUCCGCUUUUCAGCGAGAAGGUUCUCGGUAAAGAAGCAUACGCUAUUGAAAAUGAGCAUUGCAGCAACAAAGCGUCAACCAGUAAAAUUAUGUAUCAUGCGACUCGUCUCCUUGCAAACGAAGCACAUCCCUUCAGCCGCUUCUGCACUGGAAAUCUUGCGACGUUCAAUGGUACCCAUAGAUUAAAGCUGAAAGCGCUUUUGAUGAACUAUUUUCAGAAUUUUUAUCAUGCCGGUAAAAUGACACUCGUUCUGCGAGGGCCGCAGUCGUUAAACGGCCUUUCUAAGCUGGCUUUGAUUAAUUUUGGUAAUAUUUCCGCUCAAAUUAAACCUGCCGUCUUUUCGCGAUCAAAACGGUACAGCGAAGCGCGUAGAAGUGGGGGGAGUGAAGAUGGCAGUGGUACUAAAAAGUCCCUAAGCGAUUUCAAUUUGCUUGAAGAAGAAUGGUUUCCCAAAUACUGCGGUCAACAAACGUUUUCAGAGAACACCCAUAACGCCAUUUUCAUUCAGUCGUCCAAAUCUCCUACCGUUCGACUUGUGUUUCCUAUAAAUUCCAAGGGACACAGAUUUAGAUCGAAAGAUAUUGACAUCCUCUCAGCCGCGUGGUGUGAUAUUUUUGGCGAUGAAUCUCAAGGUUCAUUCGCCAAUUUCCUCACUUGUAAGGGCUUCGUCACUUCUCUUGUAACUUGGCAGUCCAAGUUCGCAUGCGGGAGCAGUGGCUUGAUAUUGGAACUUUGCUUGACAGACACGGGAUUGAAGCGAUUGAAAGAUAUUAUUAGGGCGCUUUUUAUAGUGAUUGAAAUGAUCACAGAUGAGAAAUUCACAGAGAAGCUAGCUCAAUACUUGAGCCAGGUCAACGCAAUUGAACUUUUGCGGUUUUUAUACAGCGAUGUCGAGCAUUCCGCAAUGGAAAUGUGUGCCAUUUGGUCGACAGCAAUGCUAUCUAAUUUUGGAGAACUAGGUACCGAGUUUACGUUGAGAAGCUCUCCGUCACACGACUGCAACAAGAUUGGAUCACAUAUAAAUAAUUAUGCGCAAUCUAAAGAGAGCAAGGUAUGGUGGAUCGGUCAAGCCAUUAAAGUUCAAGGUUUUGCGACAGAUUUCAUAACCACAAAAAAUCUGCGUGUCGUGAUCAUGGGGCAUGUAUCAAAAAGUCCUUUUUCUGACGUCCUUGGCUCUUGGGAGUCCUUUGAUCCAUUUUAUGAGUUUAAUUUCCAAAAACUUUCCGUCGAUGCUAAUAAUUGGCAAGGCGAAUGUUCUGAAUUUGCAAUUUGGCCAUUUUCAGCUGCAAACCUGAACCAAUUUGCACCUUCAGUGACAAGAGACUUACAGCUCAUUAAAAGCGCGUUGUUAGCGUCUUCUGACCAAUCCCGACAUGCACCAUUGGCUGUUUUAGCGCAAAAGGACUAUUUUGAUAUCACACCGAGACUUCGUGGCAAAAAUCAUGCUUAUGAAAUGUGGGUUAAAGAAGAAUCGUUUGAUCCCUCCUUCAAGUCACGUUGUAUCGUCAGUUUUGAGAUUAUAAGCAAGUGCAUAGCAUGCAGUCCUGAAAGCACUGUGCAACUAGAAAUUUUGACGCAUCUUUUGUUUUCGACACUUUCAUCUCGGCUAUAUCCAGCUGAAAAGCUUUCGCAUACUUACGAGAUAUACGCAUCUAAAGUUGGUGAUAUCAGUUUAGGUUUCACGUUCUCAGGGUUUCCUGAAGGUGUCUUGACAAUGAUAAAGCUAUUCAUUGCUGAACUUUCUUCAAUAGCUGAUCAAAAUUACACGACGGCAACCGAUUAUCGCAAAGCUAGAAUAAAAGUUCGAAACAAGUAUGAGGAGGCUGCUUCUUCUGAUUGCGCCACACUGGCGAGCUUGGGACUCUUAAUUUUAUUAGAAAAAUAUAUGUGGCCAUUAGAGGAUCGACUCGAUGCCUUGGAAUAUCUGGAUCAGCCAUCAUUUCAUUCAUUUUGUUCGAAAUUUCUCAACUUACCAAAGUAUAUGAACUUGAUCAUUCAAGGAGACUGCAGUUUACAAGAUGAAAUAUACGCAAUUUUGAGCAAAUCUGUGAUAGGACAUUUGAGCAAAUCUGCGGACGCACAACUGUCCAAACAUUUGACUGGUGCGAAUGAAUUUACAGAGCCACAGUCCAGAAAACUAUCUGAGGGAACGAAUCUGUUUUUUGACCGUGAAGGUUCUUUGGAUGAUCCUAAUAACAGCAUUGCUUAUUUCAUCCAAACUGGCGAAAGAGAUGACGAAUGUAUAUUCAUGUUAACAGCCUUUACCGAUUAUCUCUUUUCAUUGACACUUGUUCCAGAGUUGAGGACAAGGCGACAGAUUGGGUAUUUUGUUAUUGGAGGGCUUAGAAUUCUAUCAGACACCAUCGGAAUUCAUAUUACAUGCGCAUCCAGCCUGGAACCUCAUUUACUUGAGGAAGCAAUUGACGAGUUUUUGAUGUAUCUCGAAACCGAAAUUUUGCAGCAGCUGACAGAGAAGGACUUUUUGACUAAAUACGUUUCUCCGUAUCUCAAGCUACUUCAAGAUGAAAAUAGUCGGUCCAGAGAUCAUUCAGGACCAGUGUGUCUGCAUGACCAAAUCGAGUCAAACGCACAUAGCGGCAAUGUGGAUGACAUCAAGAAAGUUUUACAAGCCCACAGAUUUUUGAGAAGUCAAAUAUCGUCGCGGGCUUACAAUUUUGAAUCCCUGCACGAUGAGCCGGUUAAUCUCAAGCUCAUAAACUCGUUGACGUUGAAAGAUUAUAGAUCAUUCUUCAAAAGAUUCUUAUCCAUUUCCUCCCCUAAAAGAAGGAAAAUUUCCAUCAUGAUCAAGAGUCCCAUGAGUCCCGAUCAAAUAAUGAAUCAACGGCUUCUCGAUCAAAUGGAAAGAUUUUUCAAAAUGAAAGGUCUGAAAAUAAGCCGAAAUGAUUUGAAAACCAUUCUCGAGAAAGCGGGCCCAAGGCCUCAAAGUUUAUUCAAAGCGCUUUUCCAGUAUUUCAACGCUAGAGGCAUGAGUUUUAAACUUUGCACAGCUGUUGUUAGCGAACUGUUUAAAUCUAUUGGACUCGGAUUUGGGAGUCGCUCUGAACACUCGGGAAAAUCCAUAAAACCCGCCAUAAAACUGACAUCAAUUCACGAUCUCCAUCAAUUCCGUGCAACUGCCAUAUUUAAAGCGACUGACUUCUAUUAG